GCAACCCAUGAGCCAUUAACGAGAGCGUCGUCGCUAGCCCAGCGGUCUCAACAACCGCAACCCUAAUACACCCCUCUUUUUGUUCCACUUCCGAUUCGGAGUCAGCCGUGCUCGAUCUUAAUUCGCCGCCUCGCCUCGUCCAGGAAUCCAACCCCAACCCACCUACUGCACCCACCAGAACAGAGAUUCGAUCGAUCCUAACCUUCGUCCAUGGCUACUUCGACCACGACCUCGAUCCAUCUUGAUCCAUCGACCGCCGCUCCUCCGCGCAAACUCCCAAUCAAGCGCAAGAAGGCACCCCUUCCCUUCCUCGAUACCCUCGCUAAGCCCUCCUCCUCCUCUGAUCCACUCGACCCCUCCUUCGACGACGACGAAGAAAAUGGCUUUGACGAAGCGGAGGAAGCCAACGCCGUCUCCGUUGACGCCCGUCCCGCACCUGGCAUUGCCGCUGCCCAGCCAUUCCGGUUCCAGCGCGUCUGGUCGGAGUCCGAUGAGAUCCGGUUCCUGCAGGGUCUCCUUGGAUGCUGGUCGCAGGGCCUGGUCUUCCCCCGCGACCUCAACAUCUUUUUCGACCGCUUCUCCGAGUCCAUGCAGCAGCCCUUCACCCGCUCGCAGCUCUCUGAAAAGCUGCGACGCCUGCGCAAGAAGUUCCGCAUCAUGUCCGCCCGCAUUGCCCGUGGCCAGGACCCAGCCCGCGUCGCCCCCCACGACCGCGACGUGUUCCAUCUUUGUACCCGCCUCUGGCACCCAUCUUAUGCCGCCUCGUCUCCCUACUCGGCUACAGACGCCCUAGCCCCUGGUAGCGGAGGGAACAAGCGCCGCCGCCCCAACUACCGCAUCCCCUCUGGCCAGGCCCACCCCGAGUCCUUGUUCGCUGUCGCUUCUCUUCCUCCUCCGAUGCCGAUCUCCACCUUCACGCCUUCCGAAACGCUGCCGCUUCCUCCUCCUACUCCUGCCUCGGCUCAUGGAAACGUAGCUUACGCCACCGAUGGCGUCGCCAUGAACACAUCAUUCUAUCCUGUUGUAGCAGAAGAUAAGGCGAUCAAGGAGGAGGCGGAGGUGGAACCAUCACCUGGCUCCUGCAGCAAUGAGGCAUCCGUCGUCAAAGUCGCUACUAGUCCUUCGCUUGCAAAAAUUUUCUUUGACGUGUUUGAUGCAUGUCUUCAGGAAUGGAAGGUGUCGUUUGCCGGUUCCUAUUCGUCCAGCACAUCAGAAAAGAGCAAUCUGGAGAAGAGAUGGAGUGAGCUGCGGCUUGCCGAGAUGAAUGUUUUGUCCCGUCGCUUGAGAUUGGUUCUCGAGAAAUCUAUCAAGAAUUAAAUUACUGUGUUAAAAAUUGCAACCAUGUGAAACGAUACUGGACAAAGAUUCGCCCUUCA